AUGCUCGCUAGCUUCCUCGCGCUGCUCUCUCUGGGCACCAUCGCCGCUGCGGACCUCACUGUCUACCAGUCGGGGACGGGGGCGCUCGCCUCCGGCUGGGAGAACUGGUCCUGGUCUACUACUCUCGACUUCGCUUCCACCGGCGGUCCCGGCGGCGUCCAGUCUAUCUCGGUCAACUCUGGGGAGUGGGCUGCGCUCUCCGUCUACGCUGAAACCGCGUUCAAAAACAACUACGCCGGUCUGAGGUUCCAGAUCUCCGGCAACCAGCCGGAUGUCUCCCUCUAUCUCUCCUCGUCGUCGGAUAGCGCUUCGUCGGUUUCGAUGCCGCUCUCCUCCAUGAGCACCAUCGUCAACACCACGGCGUUCACGGAGAUCACCGUUGACUUUGGCAACCUUCCGGGGAACAAGGGUGUCCUCCCUCAGGACUCUUGCCAGAAUGGGGCGACAUACUAUCUCACUAACGUCAUGUUGCUCUCUGAGCUUGUCAUAACUCCCGAGUUCCUCUCUGCGGAGCCGAUUGGCAACAACAUCAUCAUGGUUACCUCGAAAGGGGCCGUCGACUUCUCUAAGCUUUCCGUCAAGCUCAACAACGCAACGGCGAAGCUCACGAAGAUCGAAAGCUAUUCGCCCGCAGACACUCCUGCCCAAACGAUCACCUACUUCACGCUUUCGGUACCACUCGCCGCGGGUUCGCUCAGCAUCAGCACAGGAUCCAACACCACGUUCUCGUUUGUCAUCCCCAAGCUCCAGUACGGCACCAUCACAAUCGGCAACUUGCGGAACAUCUCCGAUGACAUCUACGGGAUGAACUUCCCGACCAGCGCCGACUACAUCAAGCUUCUCGGCAUCACCAUGAGUCGCUGGGGAGGCAACGCCGUCACGGCGUACAACCCGGAUGGCGCCUUCACUAAUGCCGGCAACGACUGGUACUUCGAGAACCGUGGCUCGUCGCCCGACGACCAGGGCUGGUUGCAGUUCGUGCAGGACGGAGGCAGCAGGAGCAUCUUCACGAUCCCUGCUCUGGACUGGGUUGCCAAGGACGGCACCUCGUAUUCGUACCCAGCGACUGCCUAUCCCGAUCAGCGCUCGUUCGACCCUUACAAGCCGGAUGCGGGCGACGGUCAGUUCCCCAACGGGAGUUGGGUCACGCCCCUCCCUCAAACAAACGUUUACACCCCCUGGAACGCCUCCAUGGCCAAGUCGUGGAUGCAGUCGAUGAAGCUCAAGCCCACAAUCAUCACCGUUGACAACGAGAUCGAGAUCGCCUCCAGCACCCACCAAGAUAUGCACCCGAACCCCAUGGGCUACGACGAGGAACUCCAGCGCGUCCUCAACAUCGCCAAAGCCGCGAAGAGCGCGGACUCCAACCUCCUGGUCGCCGCGCCCUCGACGUGCGCUUGGUGGUUCUACUGGACGAGCGAGAUCGGGUACUCGGACAACGCCGCGCACAACAACCAGGACUUCUUGCCGUGGUUCCUCUCCCAGAUGAAGAGCGCGUCGGACGCUGCCGGGGAGCGCCUCCUCGACUACCUCGACAUCCACUACUACUUCGGCCCCGACACGAGCGCGAACGACGCUGCGUCCAAGGCCCUCCGGUUGCGCAUGACCCGCUCGUUCUGGGACCCGACCUACACCGACGAGUCGUGGAUCGGGACGUCGGUGCCCGCGCAGUGGAACGAGCCGAACCCGAACCAGGUCUGGCUGAUCCCGCGCUUCCAGCAGCUGAUCGCGCAGCACUUCCCCGGCACGAAGCUCUCCAUCUCCGAGUGGUCCUCCUCCGCGCCCGACGGGGACGUCACGGGCGGGCUCGUCACCGCGGACUCACUCGGCAUCUUCGGCGUGUACGGGCUCGACAGCGCGACGUACUGGGUGACCGCGGACCAGCUCUCGCCGGUCGGGCUCGCGUACUGGCUCUUCCGCGGGAACGGGACGUACUUCGGGAACAAGAGCAUCCAGGUGAACAUGGCGGACUCCCAGCCGGACGUGCUCGGGGUGUACGCGAGCACGUCGGACGGGAAGAAGGUGACGAUGGUGAUCGUCAACAAGGACGUCGUCCCCAUCAACCUCGCGAUCUCGAACAUCCCCGAGGGCAAGUACUUCCUCCGCCACUUCGGUGGCGCGGCCGGAGUGGCGAAGUGGCAGACGACGAUCACCAUCAAGGCGAACAGCAACUUCGUCAUCCCGGCGUACACGGCGGUGUUCUUCCAGCAGCAGUGA